CACGAGACAGCGAUGCUAUGAAGACGUUAUUGAGCAGCUGCAGACUCUAGUUGUGGGCCAUUUGGGUUUGGAUUUCUAUCUGAAACCUCAAGGCUCUUUUGCGCAAAACUUAGCUUUGCCGACAAGCGACCUGGACCUAGUGCUUUGUCACACUCAAGACAGCAUUGUGGGCAAAACAAAGAGUGUGCGUUGGCUGCAACAGCUAGCGGAUUGGUUCAGAAGUAGUGGGGCGUGGAGUGGCAGACAUGGUGACCACGGAAACAGUAAACAAGGUGGACAUAUUCUUCAUAAAAAAUCCAAGUCCUCAUCUUCUAGAAACAACGACGACGACGAUCCUUUCAGUCUGCGAGAAUGCAUAUUUACAGCGCGAAUUCCGAUUUUGAAAUUGGAUUACAAAAGUUGUACUGGGACUGGGUCUUCAGACUUUACUUCGUAUUCUUCACGGAGAAGUGUCGUGAACAACAUUGAGAUCGAUAUCAGCGCUGGUGAUGACAGAAGAGGCGCCGCUGAUGCAGCUGUUGACACGAUAUUGAACGACUUUGAUGCACAUGCAGCAUCAACAAGUGCUGCAGGUGGUACAACAAGUCCUGGCACAACAAGUCCUUCAAGAUUAUUUCUUCGGUUUCUCAAAGCUUUUGUUUCAGAGCACGACCUAAACAACACCUUCGAACGAGGUUUAAGCAGUUUUGGGUGGGUACUGCUAGGAAUCUUCUUUCUCCAAAGUGAAAUUGGAUGUUUGAGAAGCUUAAAGGAGAUCGAACGGGAUGAUGAAGUAGAUGGCAUGAAGAUGAAUCAAAAGCAGAAGCAUUUUCACAAAGCUGGUUGUAAAAAUGCUAAAGGCAAGGGCAAGAAGAAGGAUGGCCAGCAUAACUACCCUGUUAACGGCAACCGUAGUAUCCUUAGCAUGGUGCAAACAGACAAGAAGCUGUUGAGUUUGAAAACGCUAUUCUCAACGUUUCUAGAUUGGUUCUGCUUCUCAGUCAUCGACUUCGCUACGCAGAAACGCUUAAUCUGCGUUGUGGAGGGAGACAAGGAUUCGAGGUCGACAAGUUCUACAACCACAACGGUCUACGAUCCUAUUCUUGGCGUAUGUAUCAGCAAACCAUUGCGACAAGGUCACGACGAAUCCUCCCAAUCUCAAAGCGAAAUCCACAACAACUAUCAAAGAGGCCAUUUCGUAUCUGCAAGUAACCGGCGACGAGGCGGUCAUGAUGCUUCACCACUGAAAAUUCAAGUUCCCCUUGCGGACGAGGGGGAAAAUGCGGCGCGAUGUCUUUCCACUGCGGUUUUCUAUCGAAAAAUUGUGCCUUGUUUCCGAGACGCUAGAAAAACGAUGAAAAAUCUCACAGAAGCUUCUUCAACAUGUUGGUGGCAAUCCUUUCUAUCUUCAGGAGCAGCCCAAACGAGUGAUGACGACGAGGACGAAGGGGAGUACAACUACUAUGGAAAAAAUGCAAGAAUUCUUGGAGGAGGUUUCGAUGAUGUUCUUGACGAAGUUCUUGGCAAACAUGAGGCAGAUGCUGAAGUUGAAGAUAAGCCAGGCGACCAAGUAGAGCAGCAAAUGUCCUCUGACGAGGACCCUCCAGACAACUUCUAUGUAGCUAGUGGCAAUAAUUCCUCAUCGUCAUCUUGUGAAGAAAAAGAAGAUUCCGAAAUAUAUCAGAGGACUCCUGCUGGUAAAUCAAGUCGUGCGCCACAUCUAAUUGACGAUGAAGAACGUUCUACAGUUGCUUGUUCCACAAACAGUGGCUUUGGAAAGAUAGAUCGCGGCGCUUCAACAUCUUCCUCAAGCCACUGGAAAGGAUUCUCUUCUUCGGAGGAUGAGAUCACUGAUAACGAGGAUGGCCAUGAACAAGAACGGUUUGUUAAAACACAACCACCUGCUAACUCCAAGUCCAACACAAACAACACCAGCAACAAGAAGAGUAGAAAGAAGAAGCGGCCAUCAAGAACCUCCAAUUUCGCCUCUGGACAGCGCAUUAUUGAGGGAGAUCCUCGUUUGAUGGCAGCGAGGAACUUGUUGUCGUCUUCCUGUAGUACAACUGGUUCUGGUAACAAGGACCAAGGACAAGGGAAAAAAGCCUUGGUCAAGAAACCGAUGAAGAAGAAGAGUGUCCGAAAAGGAAGCCGAAACAAGAUGAACAAAUAUGAAUAAGAAUACAUUUGAUCAACAAGUAUAAUGACUUCAAGAAGAUUGAGAUUCAUGUUCAUACUUUAGCGACAGCACCAUUAUGAUCCCUGCCCCGUUCCCCCUGAUAAUCAACUACUUGCAUGGC